UUUUCCCCCAAAUAAUCCACAAAUUCCGUCGUCGUUCGUCUCUCUCUCUCUCUCUCUCUUUUCAAUUUCACACCAAACAAACGCAGAUUCAGAGAGUGUGAAUGGCGAAAGCAGUGUCGUCGGCGAGCUCGUCGCUCUUCCAAACCCUAAAGCGGUACAUCAAGAAGCCAUGGGAGAUAACGGGACCAUGCGCCGAUCCCGAGUACAAGUCGGCGCUUCCAGGCGCUCUGGAAUACCGAUUGACGUGCCCAGCCAGCGCUAAGGUCGAGGCCUGCGUGCCGAGCUCCAAUCCUGAGACAGUCUACGACAUCAAGUACUUCACCCGCGACCAGCGUCGCAACCGCCCUCCGAUCCGACGCACCAUCCUCAGGAAGCCCGACGUCGAGAAGCUGAUGAAGGAGAAGACUUUCGACGUCUCCGACUUUCCUAGGGUUUACUUGACGCAGACUAUCGAAGAGGAUAUUAAUGCUCGAGGUGGUGGCUACCAGAAAUGAACAAUUUUUGCCUCGGCUUGUGGGGCCGUGUAAAGAUGUCUGCACUUCCAUUUCUUUUUUUGCUUCAUCAAUGAAGAGUUGCUGUUUAUGUUAGCCUAGAUGCUUGUCUAGACUGCUCAAUUAUCGAGGCUAUUGUGUUAAGACAUGAAUAAAGGGUAGUUCCCUGAAUCUUUCCUCCCCCACUUUUACUUAUUUUAUCUCUGAAUGUAUUUGUAUCAAAUCCAAAUGCAAGGGUAUUGCGAUUAAUCUGUGAUAUUGCCUGUCAUUUGUGAUUAAAUCUUUUCCCCCUCUAAUAUUAUAUUAUUAUUAACA